AUGGUUUCCCCAGCUGGUAAGCCACAAUCAUUUUUUCACCCUACUGUUAAUGCAAUUGUUUCUCAUUUUCAGAAUCCUGAUAUGCAAAAAAGCCAAGGUAUUCGUCUAGAUACGAUUAUUGCUGGAAAUAAAGUGAAUCAACUCAAAAACAGGCUUGAAGAACUUGAUGCUGUAGAAGAUGCAAGGAUUGCUCGAACAACUUUUUAUGACCAAAUGGCAGAAGUAGGACAAAAAGGUUGGUGGGAGUCAAUUGAGCAGCUCAAUGCACAUGAAGUGACCAUAUUUGAAGCUUGGUUGAGUGACACUUGUUCCAAAAUGCGCCAUCAUUUGAACCAAUUAGAAAAUGGAGCUCCAUCCUCAUUGGGACGUGAAUCUUUUGGAGUGUGA